AUAUUGCCAUCAAAAUUGUUUAUACUGGCAUCAUGGCACUGGACUUUGUGGCCACAUAUAAGAUAUUGGUGCUAGGGGACUCGAAUGUCGGCAAGACCUGCAUUGUGCACAGAUACUGCGACGAGAAAUACUACGACACAUACAUCUCCACCAUCGGCAUAGACUUUAAGCAGAAACUGAUUAAUCUCGAUGGGGUGCCCAUAAAACUGCAAAUAUGGGACACGGCCGGGCAGGAGCGUUUUCGUACAUUGACAACAGCGUAUUAUCGUGGCGCGAUGGGCAUACUGCUCAUGUACGAUGUCACCAAUCUGGAGAGCUACAACAAUUUGUCCUAUUGGUUGCGCAACAUCCAGGAGAAUGCCUCGCCAGAUGUGGUCAAGGUGCUGGCGGGCAACAAAUGCGAAUGCUCCACCACACAGCGAAUGGUCGACAAGGAGAGGGGUGAAAAGAUAGCUGAAAACUUUGACAUGCCCUUCUUUGAGGUCUCGUGCAAAUCGAACAUCAACAUUGAGGAUGCGUUUCUGUCGCUGGCCCGCAAAAUACGCGAACAGCGAGAGCGACGGGGCGACAACUUUGACAACGAGGAGAACAAAGACAAGAAAUCCCCUGGAUCGAAUGGCCUCGGCACCUUCAGCCUUGGCAGUCUAUCCGGCGAGAAUCGCUGCACCUGCUAGAUGUUAGUUGAUACACGAAAUUCGAUCGCAACCGCAAACCGAAUACCGAAUACAGAAAACCUGAGAACCAAGUUGUCCAAAGCUGUUGAAGCUGCAUUGUAGCCCAAGUAUGUGGCGCACACCAAAUGCCAAGAUAUUACAACAGAUAUAAUACGAAACCAAAGCGCGAGAUGAACAUUUUAAAUGCAAAUAAGAGGGUCGAUGGGUGGCAAUGGAUGCCUGCAUUAAAUUCGAUAUAUUGUAUGUGUAUGUACAAUACAGAUUGUGCAUUUUAAGGGUACAGAUAGUCCAAGAAACAUAGCAUAAAUAUUUUAGCAUAUUCCUGCAAAUACCAUAACAAGGUCGAUUAUACAUGCAUAUUGUCUCGAUUCCAAUAAUUAUAAUCUAAUGCUAAAAAUACAUUUAUACUCGUAAGAAA